ACAGAGUCGGAGAGAGAAAGUUCAAUAAUCAAACCAACCCAAACAAAAUCCAUAUUUCUCUCUCAAUCUCUCUCUAUCCAUUUUUAUUUUUAUUUUCUUUGUUUACUCUCUUUCUCUCUCUACUUGGACGUGUGCAAACAGGUCAUGCUCUGCAUCAAGAACCAGAUGAUGUUUGAGAUGUGCUUGAACAUUUAGUAACAUCCGACACAUUUGUAAUCUGGAAAUCAAAUUGAUCAACCGAGAAUUUGGGGGAAAAUUGGGAAGUAAGAGUCAUAUUGUUUGGAGUCCAUGAAAAGAUAUCGCGAUGGGGUCGAUGAACAUGGAGAAGAGAUGGGUAUUUCCUCUUGUUAUGAGCUCCCUUGUUUGCAUUGUCAUUUUUGCAACCACAUUCAACAUGGGUAUUGUUUCGUCACUACGCACGAUCAAUUCACUCAUCUCAAUCCUCCCAUCUCGCAUUUCACUUAAUCACAGUAGCCAACUCUUUGCUGAAGGCAAGGUUUUGCAAACUCCACCUUCUCUUUCUGAGCCAUCUCUUCCUCGUUUCGCUUAUCUAAUUUCCGGGUCCAAAGGUGAUCUGGAAAAACUCUGGAGGACUCUUCACACACUCUAUCAUCCAUUGAACCAAUACGUUGUCCAUCUAGACCUAGAAUCGCCUGCGGAGGAGAGGCUGGAGCUCGCUUCCCGUGUGGAAAGACACCCGAUUUUUGCUAAGGUUGGGAAUGUUCACAUGAUUACCAAAGCUAAUAUGGUGACUUAUAGAGGACCGACCAUGGUUGCGAAUACGCUCCACGCGUGUGCCAUUCUUUUGAAGAGAAGCAAGGAUUGGGAUUGGUUUAUUAACCUCAGUGCCUCAGAUUAUCCUCUUGUGACACAAGAUGAUCUUCUUUACACUUUUUCUGAUUUAAACCGAGAGAUGAAUUUCAUCGAACACACAAGUCAACUAGGUUGGAAGGAGGGUUUUAGAGCAAUGCCUUUGAUUGUAGAUCCCGGGCUGUACCAGACAACAAAGCAAGAUAUAUUUCCAGUCACACCAAGGAGAACUUUGCCAACCGCCUUUAGAUUAUUUACCGGUUCAGCGUGGAUGAUUCUCUCACGUUCAUUCGUGGAAUAUGUUAUAUGGGGUUGGGAUAACCUCCCAAGAGUCCUACUCAUGUACUACACAAAUUUUGUCUCCUCACCCGAAGGCUACUUUCAAACGGUCAUAUGCAACGUGCCUGAGUUUGUUCAAACCACGGUCAACCACGAUAUGCACUACAUUUCUUGGGACAACCCUCCAAAACAACACCCACACACCCUCUCUACUAAUGACACGGCCAAUAUGAUUGCUAGUGGUGCCGCCUUUGCGCGUAAAUUCAAGCAUGACGACCCCGUUUUGGAUAUAAUUGAUAAGCAAUUACUUGGCCGGAAAAAUGGGAGCUUUACACGGGGUGGUUGGUGUGCCGGGAAGCCUCCAUGUUCUAGAGUUGGGAAUCCGACCAAGAUUAAACCAGGCCCCGGAGCUCGAAGGCUUCGCAGUCUCAUAGGUAGGCUACUUUUGUCGGCUAAAUUUAGUCAAAACCAAUGUAGUUAGAUUUCAUUGAAGCAUUGUUGAUUGUGGAUGAAUUAAAAGGCUAAUGGAAAGUGUUAGUCUAAUUGAUCUACAAGCUCAAGAAUUGAUAGGAAUGUUGUAUCAAAGAGAGCUUUUUUUUCUUAGGCUUUCUUGUUUCUUUUCAAUAAUCCAGAGAAAUCUUUGGGUUUGUUUA